UCCGUGCCACCAGAACACACGGAACGGGUUUCUGUUGCGUUCAAUAAACUCUCUGAGAGAGUGUUCGGGGUAAAUAAAACGAUUUGGGCGAUCGAUCGCCUAAGCCCGAACCAGCUGGCGAGUAGCUGGUAGCUGGUUUCGUUUCCCCCAAAUAAAUGGCAGGCGCCUCCUCCGAUAUGCGCUUAUCACAACAUUGAGAGCAACCGCUAGAGACGUGGGCCGCAAAUCCGAUAAGGAACACUCGCGGUGAAAACAUGGAUUUCGAAGAAAUUCUGGCCAAGUGCGGCAACAGCAGUCGCUAUCAGUUUCUGCUGCUCUCGCUCUACGGCUUCCUCAUGGUCGUCAUAUCGAUGCACUAUUUCUCCCAGAAUGUGAUCAGCUUUGUGCCCGACCAUUGGUGCUACCACGAGCAGCUGGCGAAUCGCAGCUUUGCCGAGAUUGAGGCUAUCUAUGCCCAGUUCGAGAAACCCUCUUGCACGCGUCUGGCAUCGAUAGACGCGGAUGGAGGCAAUGCCACGGCGAGCACAGAGCGCUGCAAUCGCUGGAUUUACAAAUAUGAUUUUGGCUAUAGGAGCAUGAACACGGAGCUGAACUGGGUAUGUGAUGAGGCGUAUAAGCCGCGAGUGGGUCAGUCGCUGUUCUUUGUGGGCUCCGUCUGUGGCACACUCGUCUUUGGAUUGCUUGGCGAUCGGAUUGGAAGAAUCAAGGCUCUGAUAUUGGCCAAUUGGUGUGGCUUUCUGGGCGAUUUCUCGACGAUAUUUGCAGAAAGUUUGACUUCAUUUUCGGUGAGUCGCUUCGUGUCUGGUCUGGCGGCCGAUGCCAACUCCUAUCUCAUGUACAUACUAAUUCUCGAAUAUGUCUCGCCCUCACUGAGAAAUAUUGGCCUCAACACCGUGCUGGGUAGCUUCUACUGCCUCGGCCUGAUUGGUGCCUCUUGGCUGGCCGUUUGGGUGGGUCACUGGCGCAUUUUUCUGGCCUGUUCCUCGCUGCCACUGCUGCUCGUGACGCUUUUCUAUUUCCUGGUGCAGGAGAGCGCCCAGUGGCUGGUCACGCGCAACGAUAUCGAUGGAGCCAUUACGCGGCUGCAGCGCGUGGCCAAAAUCAAUCGCCGCGAGGUCAGCGACGAUGACUUCAAGGCGUUCCGCGGCUACUGUGAGCAGCAUUGCCAGAGGGAGGCCCAGGCAGCCAACAAUCAGACCAAGUUGCUCGACAUGCUCCAGACGCCGCGCAUGCGCAGCACGGCAUUCAAACUGCUAUUGAUUUUCAUAAUUAUCACGCCCUGCUAUAACACCAUUGCCCGCAACGUGGAGGGCCUGGGCAUCUCUCCCUUCAUUAUGUUCUCGCUAAACGCACUGACGUUGCCGCCUUCGGGCUAUCUGCAGGGACUGCUGCAAGAUCGCAUCGGUCGCAAGGCCACCGCCGUCAGUUGGAUGCUCAUCACGGGACUGUUCGCUGCGGGCGCGGGUCUCGUCAUAGCGCAGGCCAGCAGCCAACAGAAUUUUCUGCUGCUGGUGGCUCUGACGCUGGCCGCCCGCUUUGGGGUGUCCAUUGCCGAUGGUGCCAGUGCGCAGUUCUCCACGGAGCUCAUUCCCACCUGUGUGCGUGGUCGGGGUGUGGCUGUGGUGCAUGUGGCCGGUUUUGCCGCCUCCUUUCUCUCGCCCUACAUCCUGCACUUGGGCACGUACUUCAGGCCGGCGCCUUCGAUCAUCCUGGGUCUGCUCUUCCUGGCGGGGGCCUAUGUCUGUCUGCUGCUGCCCGAGACGCGAAAUCGCAAGCUGCCCAUGUUCCUGGCAGAGGGCGAGGAGUUCGGCAAAGGCGAACGCAUGUUCGAUUUUCUCAUUGAACUGCGAAAAGGAGAGGGCCAGGCUAAGGAAACAGGUAAUGUCGGGCUGAGUGCUCUGGCCAAGGAAGAGGCCAACCUCAUGACGAAAAUUGCUUGA